GUUAUCUUCCUCUAGAGGGCGCUUCACCCGAGCCACAGCAUCACCAUAGAAACCGACGCGCUUUGAGACACGUUUACACACUUUACGACAUGUUUACGUAGUUUACGGUAGGAGGACGCCCGAAAAGCGCUUUUCCUCGUGUAACUUCCAUAAAGGCUAGAGCUCAAUAAAUGAUCGUGAAUCAGCUGAUGUUGAGGGCAGCAGCGGCUCACUGCGGGAGAUGGACAGCCGUCAAUCAACUCACCCGGACCAACUCAGAUAUGGCUGAGUUUCGGGAGGUUUUCUCAAAGGCCCGUCACAUCGCCGUCAUCACUGGAGCAGGAGUGAGUGCGGAGAGCGGCGUACCGACUAUCAGAGGAGCUGAAGGACGCUGGAGGACCUGGAAAACACAGGAUCUGGCCACGCCCGGGAGUUUCUGGCGUCACCCCAGCAGGGUGUGGGAGUUCUACCACUACCGGCGAGAGCUGGCUCUGAACGCCCAGCCCAGCGCCGCACACAGAGCCAUCGCCGAGUGCGAGGCGCGCCUCAGCCGUCAGGGCCGCUCGCUGGUGGUGAUCACGCAGAACAUCGACGAGCUGCACCAGCGCGCCGGAUCCAAGAGCGUGCUGGAGGUCCACGGUAACCAGUUUCACACCAGAUGUGUGAGCUGUGGAGAUGUGGAGGUCAAUCACAAGAGCCCCAUCUGCCCAUCACUGGAGGGCAAAGGGUCACCUGACCCUGAUGUCCCUGACGCGCUCAUACCUGUCAAAGAUCUGCCCAGGUGUGACGAGAAGGGCUGUGACGGCCUGCUGCGGCCUCACGUCAUCUGGUUCGGAGAGACUCUGGACUCGCACAUCCUCACUAAAGUGGAGAAGGAGCUGGACACGUGCGACCUCUGUCUGGUGGUCGGCACGUCCUCUGUCGUGUAUCCGGCAGCCUUGUUCGGCCCGCAGGUGGCGUCCCGUGGCAUUCCAGUGGCCGAAUUCAACACUAAGGUGACACAAAAUACACCACGCUUCAGGUUUCACUUCCCGGGCCGCUGCGCAGAGACGCUUCCUGUCGCACUGGCGCGGCACGAGUCUGAGCUCAUCUGAUGCUCACCGGAUCGGCUGGAGCUGAACGUGUUGUCGAGUUUGAGCGGAAAUAGAAUAAUGUCUGAUUAACUUCUCUGCUUUUGAUACAUGAACUGUUUUAUAUAAACUGGAAUGGGCCAAAGUAACCGCACAUGAAUGUGUGUUUGUGCUGUUGAAAGUUUCCCAUGUGCCUUCUCUUUCUCAAAGGGCUGCUUGUAUUAAUCACUGCCGAUGAGAGGCUGUGUCUGGAGCGACUCUUCAGUCUGUCUGCUUGACUCAUAGGGGAUAAAGCAACAUGACGUGUCUGAGCUUAUAUCAGAGGACACGAUGUUUAUAGCAUGAAUGUGGGAUACAGUGCUUUACUCUUCCAGUGUUUGCCUUCAUAUUAUUCCAGUAGUUUCAUCAGUAAAUAAAAGCAUUUUUCCACUG